AUGCCCCCAUGCCGUCGGGUAAGGAGCAACCCAUAUCUAAUGUCAGAGCGCCGGCUGCAGCUCCUUGAGCAGAUAUGGGCAAGGCAUGAAGCCCGGAUCGCCACGGGGCUACCUCCGAACGCGGUGGAUCCAGUGGAGGAGGAGGAAGAGGAGGACGCGGAGCAGGGGAAGGAGCUGGAGGAGGACAUGGGGAACGUUGGGGAUGCAGAUCUGCAGGCGGAGCAGCAGGUGGUCCUUGAUUCCCUCUGGUCGGAAUCGAAGGCGGAGGCCAGCUGUCGUCGUCUGCAGGAGGCGGAGCACGUCGCGGAUGUCGACGAGAUGCUCGGGUAUAUGGAUGAGGAGGAGCUGAAGCCCUCCUACAUACCCAUCUACCUAGCGCCUGGCACCAACGUUGUGGACAUCUCCGGCGAUGAAGCGUAA